ACGUAACGACUGGUAGCGACUGAGAGCAACAGAGAGCAACAGAGAGCAAAGGAGGAGGUCCUCCUUUGGUUAUCAAUUUUAUUAUUUACGUUAAUGUUUACAAUGUUUCACUAGUUGAAAAUUAAUAAUUUUCCGUCUCCGUGGAUCAAUUAACCACCGGUGACGGUUUGUGGUCAGAAUUUUGUUUUCUUAAGGUGGAAAGCGACGUCAAGAUUGAAAAAAUUUGAAAAUAAUGCCAACAAAUCACUUAGUCGUCGACGCUACCAAUAUUUACAAACAUUUAAAGUUCUGUUACGUUGAAAUAUACUCACAAUAGGAAUCGUCUCACCUGCAUCAAGACCAAUCAUCGACAUGGUAAAAGCAUAUACAACCGUAAGGGCUCCCAGUGCGGCAUUUACCAAUAUGCAAAAUUCAAGCAAAAAGGCACCAAAGAAGGGACGUAAAAAAUUGAUCUCUAAUAUCAUUGGCAAUCAAGAUCCACUUAAAAAAGCUAUCGAUCAGACAAAUCAUAAAUUAACUGAAUAUUUUCCUGUUAGAAGAAGUGUUCGUAAAUGUAAAAAGACUGUUUUGGAAGAGCAGCAACGAGACUUAGAGAAUAAAGUACUGUGUCAGGUAGAAGAUGGGUUGAAGAUUAAACAUUUUGUGGGAAAAGGUAGAGGAGUUGUUACAACCAGAGAAUUUCAUAAAGGGGAGUUUGUUGUCGAGUAUAUCGGCGAGUUGAUUGACCAAACUGAAGCUAGAAAAAGAGAAGCAGAGUAUGCUAGAGAUCAGAAUGCGGGUUGUUACAUGUACUACUUCAAACAUCGUAAUCAUCAGUAUUGCGUUGAUGCAACGGCAGAAUCAGACAAAUUAGGUAGGUUAGUUAAUCAUUCUCGCAACGGAAACCUGAUUGCCGGUGUGGUGGAAGUUGGAUCUGUGCCACAUUUAGUUCUUACUGCAAAAGAAAGCCUACCCAGUGGUGUGGAAGUGACCUAUGAUUAUGGCGAUCGUAGUCGAGAAUCCAUUCGCAAUCAUCCAUGGCUGGCAUCGUAACGAGAAAUUCCAUCAUUGCUUGAUAAGUAAAAUUAGUCGAAGUAAUUAUUAACCUGUGAGCGUAUUUGCAGUUCUAAGUUAUUGUUUUAAUUAAUGUAAUUGAAACGGGUUUGUCCAAAAAACUGUCUCAGAGACAAAGAUUGCAGAGAUAUCUAAGUAUAUCUUCUAACCACUGAUUCAUCAUCAUAUUGUACACUUAACUUUGACUCCUAAUUCGUCAAACUCGCAAAACAUUUUUGAAUCUGUCUUGUAUGUUCAGUUUAAUGACGAUCAUACGUGCGUGAAAGAUAGAUCAUUCGUCUGUUUACAAACGGAUUCUAAUUGUGAACAUUGACAACCAAAAUUUUGUUCAAUUUUUGUUAGAAUUUCCUUCUUUUUUAUUCUGAGUUUUUACUUCUCUUUCAUGUCUUACAUAUGGCUAUUCAUCACCACACAUGUCUGAACGAUUAUUUAUUGCAUUUUUGUUUAUUUAAAGAUUCUUAUCUAUCCAUGUAUCAAUAUAGUACCAUUAAUGAUAUUAUUUACGCGUACAUCUUGUUACUACAUAUUGCGAUUAGUUUACUAUUUGUAUAUGCCUUUUAUUUCUAGCAAUUUCGUAAUUCACUGUCGCAAUAUUUGAUUUCAUUACGACUAUAUUUUAACAAGAAUAAAUGAUGUAUCAACAAUUCAUAGGAAUAGAGCGCUUUAUAAAUCAAUAACAAUAGGUCAACCUAUGAUUAUUUUUGUGAGAUUCACAUACAAACUGAUUCAUUCUAAGGUUCCAAUUCUGCUUCUAAUAUACAAGGGUAUAAACAAUAUCACCUAACCAAAUGACCUAUCAUUUUAAUCUUGAAAGUGUGAUCAAUUGUGGAGUUGAUGAAUAUGUUUCAAACCAAAUGCUGUCAAUUAGUAGUUGUGUUAUACGCUACUGUUUAUUACUUUUGAGUUGCAAUAAUUCUGGCUGAAAUCCCUGAGAAUAGGUAGAUGAAAACUGAGUUCAGAGUGUUUUAAAUAGAUGUCAUACAGACGUCAAUUUUAUAGGUCUGCUUCAUAAGCUUGCUUAUUUAUCCAUGUUUGACUGAGCUCCAACUAUCCUCUAUAUCAAAUUCGGGCUCUAUAAAAUUCAAUGAUCUACAAAUUAUGUAAUUGACGCAACACAACAGCAAUGUAAAGAAAAUAAAUUAUUAACAGCUCGACACGUGAGUAGAGGACUAUUUUGUUUUUUAAUUUUGUCUGACAGAGAGAGCUAUUCACUCGUACAAAAUUUCUGUACAAUUUCCAAAUCAGCCAUGUAUAUCCAGAGGGUCGGUAUCAAAUCAAACCGUACUUUUUUGUUAUUCUUCCAAACGUGUGAUAAAGGCGUAUUUUGUAAUUGCUGACUACGGGUUUGCUAUCUCUGAUUGAUAAAUUUAGAUUCAUAUAGGAGAGUCUACACAGUUCCUGCAAAUACUAUAAUAAGUAAAGUAGUAUAAUUGCGGGAAUUGCCCUGACUGUGCUGUGAGAUCCAAAAUUCGUUUAAAAAGAGAAUGUGUCAGCAACUACUAAAAACAGGUUUCUAAUAUGACUGUUGUUUUCAGAGACAUAUUAGCAUUUGUAUGGAUAGUUUAAUUAAACUUUAUAAAGCUUCUCAUAACAUUAUUUUUUCUAGGUGAAUCGUAAUCAUUAGCUUAGUAUACAAACGUGUAUUUUUUAACAUCUAAAAAUUUGACUACUGAACUGCCCAUUGUGUUGAAAUUAUAUUUACCAAAAAAUGUAAUAAUCCACUAUCAAAUUGUAGAUAUAACCAAUCGCAUCGAAAUUCUUAUUAUCAAUCUGGCCGAACAAAUAGAACAUAACUCAUUAUUGAUUUCUUAACUAUAGAAAAUUUCAUCACCUCUUCCUGUCUUAAUACAAUAAUCAGUUUUUGUUUGGUAUUGGCCCAUCAAAUAAAUCUAAAUCUAGUGAAUAAUAUAUCAUUUUCAUCACAAUUAGUGGUGUAUAGUAUUAAUAAGUUGGCUAUAUGUGUAUUCAUUUAGGAUAAUUUAAAUUUACCAGUAAUUAUCGCAGUAAUACUAUAUGUUCGUGUAAUUACAAAAAUAUCCACCUUUUUUCGUUUUGUGUUCAUCACAGAAAAAGUUAAUUCUUAGUUGGAACAAGUUCUCCUGUAAGGCAAAUACACUCUAGCUAAUUUGCAUGGAAAACUUAACAGGGAAUUCUCUGUCCUAUUUAAUCGACUCUUUUCCUGCAAGCAUGGGUCUUUUGUGUCAGCUUGAUUUCUAUCCAUGAAAGUUAUUUAUUAUUUCACAAUAAUCAAAUUAUAGACAUCUUUCACAAGUUUUAAAGGAUACUCAUUGAUUUUGUUUGGAAUAUUUUAUAAUUACUAAAGAUUAAAUAAUUUUUGGACACAAAGAACUCAUGUUUAGAAAGAUUAGAUGUGAAAGGGCUCUGACCACUUCUAACUCUUUUCCACUUACGAAUAUUGAAAAACGAAAGUGGAGCUCAGGUUGCUCAAAAUCACAAUACUGAAAUCAUUUCUUUUACUCUUCUGAAUAUUCCUCAAUUGGGCCAAUUGACAAUAGCUUCUACAGGGCAUAAUAUCGUACAUAAUUGUAUGCUGUGAAAUAAUGUAUGUAGAUUUAGUCUAGUAUGCAUUCAACUGUUGAAGUCAGAGAAAAUUUUGUUGUUAAAAUUAGUAGCAAACAAGAAAAUAAAUCGUUAGUUAGAUAGGAAAAGAUUUAGUAUUGUUACCACUUAUUCUCCUUGGUUUGUAAACCUUAUCAUUUUCUACGGAAUUACAUCCUGCAGAAGUUUUUUUUUUGGUAGCCCCACUCAAAGAAUAUUCAUAUCACUACAAGUCAGUAACUUCCCCAUGAUGAUUAAAUCGAAAAAUUAAAUGGACGUUUUUCCUGAUCUCCUCAGUAUCCAUCCAUAUUAUGGUAUUGCAAACAUUGAUGAAAAUCGUUUAAAAUUUGAUUCCAACAUAUUUAUAGUACUUUUAAUUCCCAUCAUCCGAUUAAGUCCACUUAUAAAGUAUAAUAAACCCAUAAGGUGUAAAUUUUCGAUCAAUGAUGCUUUGGUGGGAUACUUUGGUGGAAUUUAGUCAAUCAUUUAAUUAUGCCAAUGAUAUACACUUUUGGAAGAAAAUUGUGUUUGUAAAUAAGCAAAAUGUUAUAAUCUUAUCAAAAUUCUGUAAUAUUUCUGGAAGUCUUAUGCCUUAUAAUAAAUGCAAGAAGAUUAUGUA